AUGGCUGUGCACAAGGAUGUCCGCACCCCGAGCCGAGCUCUGUUUGACCGGAGGACAAGCAGAGGAAAGGCGAACAGGGGUGAUGACAUGGCUCCUGAGCAAGAGCUGAAAAGCAAGAAACGUAAAGCCACCUCUGAAGAUAAGUUCACCAUGCCUCCCAGAGUGUCACCCCGCUUCGUUGAACUUAAUGGAAUAAGAUCAGAUCAGAGUAACGAAGAACUAUCAUUUGGGUACCAAGUUCCACUUCAGGCCAGGAAAAUUUCUUAUAACUUCAAAACGGCAAGGGAUGCACCAUUGUCUUCAGGUCUGUGUUCGGCCUUCAAUGAUUUCGGUGCAGCAUGUCUAGACCAUCAACGGCAAUUUGAGCUCCUUAGUGAAGUAGGGGCUGGGCGCCGCCGUGAGGAUGCUAUCACCCAUGCACGCAGUGAUGGCAUGGUGGCCGAAGAAGGCCGUCUUCUGGGGAGCCGCGCGCUGGCCGCCAUCUCCACCCGCGGCCACACCAACAAGACAGUAAUAUGCAGAGAAGGUAAUCCUUUAAGCUCCAAGGAAAUAGCUGAAUGUCACUACCAAAUUAAAUUACCUUUGUACAGAAAAUACGUGGAGUUAUGUGAUCUGCAAAUCCUUUUAUCACUCAUUAAAAUUUUGCAAGUUCUUGCCAUACCCGAAGCUUCCAUUAUCGCUGACUUCGCCGGAAUGCCUGCACCCAUGUUCCAGGUGCCAAUAAUGAAUCCUGUGUUUAGUUGCACCAAUACAAGGUGUGGAGAGUUUGGGUUCGGAAGGUCUGCAGGAGGUGCCUUUGAGAACUUGAUCAGCUACUCGAGCUUCAUUGUCAGCGAAGUCUCCACUGGGUUGCCCAGAUCUGUCCUGAAUUGCUUCAUUGAUGACAAUUUGGAGAAGGCUCCGCUGACACUUACAAAGGAUGUUUUCCUUUGUUGGAAAGACGAGGAUACGCUGGAGAUAGACAUGGGGUGCCUAUGCUGGUUUGCCUACAAUAAUUAUCAGAAGUGGUGGUUGUGCGGUGGAGGUGGGGCUUCGUCCUUCAGGCAAAUUGUGCAACAUGGAUCUGGUCUGAUCCAGACAGAUCUGGCGCUGGCAGCCCGUCCGGCGGCGAGGGCUGAGGCCAACAGGGGCCGUGUGCGGCCGGCGCUGGCAUGGAUCGGGUGGUCUGGGUACAAGGUGGCGGCCCUGGUAGUGGGAGGCGCGUUGAUCUUGGGCGGAUUUGCGCGGCUCAGGAGCGGGAGAGCAGGUAAGGCUGCUCGGGCGGCAUGGAUGCGGGUGGUUGGCGGAGCGGGGAUGAUGGCGGCUAUCAGUGGUCCUGCCCUUCUUGGAGGCACCAUUUUGGAGUCCCCGCUCCGGCGUUGGCUGCCUCACCUCUCCUUGGUGGAUCACUCAUGUGGUGGUCCGUCGGCUAGAAGCGGUUAUUCUUUGCUCAUUCGUAGUGUGCUUGGUAGUCGCUGGGGUGGUUUGUCGGCACCUUUGUAUCUUGCUUUGGCUAUUGAUCCAGGGACUAGCACAAUGAGCACAGAGACAUUGAAUCUUAUCAGGUUUGGGUCAUUACAUCUCUUCAUCACAAAUGUUUUAGAUAGAACACCGGUUUACAUGAAGAGGGAGAAUGCCGACAGCUGGAAUUCUGGACUAGAAAGGAGCAAAUCUGAGAUACAUAUUCUGCACAACUCCAAAUAUCCUGAAACUUUUUGA